CGCGGCGAGGCAGGCGCGGGGCGUCCGGGACGGAGCGCGACCGGCCGGGCGCGGGGACCCCGCUUCGUGAGCGCCACCGCCCCCUGCGCUGGCGCACGUUCCUGGAGCCCGCGGGGCCGCAGACCCGGAGUUUCAGGGGGCGCUCUGCCAGGAUGAGAGCCGCCAGCGGGCGGGACGCGCCCCUCCAGGCCAUGCUGACCCUCUGCUGGCUCACCCUGGCCGUGUCUGCAGUGGCGGCCGAGUGCCCUGACCAGAGCCCCGAGCUGCAGGCCUGGAGCCCCGGCCAUGACCAGGACCACCACGUGCUCAUCGGCCAGGGCAGGAGACUGCUGCUCACGGCUUCUGCCACGGUCAACUCCAUCCACAUCUCGCAGGGAGGAAAGCUGGUCAUUAAAGACCAAGAUGCGGCCAUCGUCCUGCGCACCCGGCACAUCCUGAUCGACGAGGGGGGCGAGCUGCACGCGGGCAGCGCCCUCUGCCCCUAUCAGGGCAGCCUCAGCAUCGUUUUGUACGGGAGGGCUGAUGAAGGCAUUCAGCCAGACCCUUACUUCGGCCUCAAGUUCAUCGGGGUCGGCAGAGGAGGUGUCCUUGAGCUGCACGGACGGAAGAAGCUCUCCUGGACGUUUCUGAACAAGACCCUUCACCCGGGCGGCAUGGAGGAGGGGGGCUAUUUUUUCGAACGGAGCUGGGGUCACCGUGGAGUCAUCGUGCAUGUCAUCGACCCCAAAUCGGCGACGGUCAUCCACUCCGACCGGUUUGACACCUAUAGAUCCAAGAAGGCGAGCGAGCGAUUGGUCCAGUACUUGAACGCCGUGCCCACCGGCAGGAUCCUUUCGGUUGCGGUGAACGACGAGGGCUCUCGGAACCUGGAUGACGCGGCCAGGAAGGCCAUGACCAAGCUGGGCAGCAGACACUUCCUGCACCUCGGGUUCAGACACCCUUGGAGUUUUAUCACCGUGAAAGGAAACCCCCUCUCCUCCGUUGAAGACCAUAUCGAAUAUCACGGGCACCGAGGCUCCGCUGCCGCUCGCGUGUCCAAAGUGUUCCAGACAGAGCAUGGCGAGCUUUUCAACGUUUCUUCAUCCAGUGAGUGGGUUCAAGACGUGGAAUGGACAGGAUGGUUCGACCAUGACCAAGCGUCGCAGACCAAAGGUGGAGAGAAAAUUUCAGACCUCCGGGCGGCUCACCCGGGAAAAAUCUGCAAUCGCCCCAUCGAUAUACAGGCCACCACGGUGGACGGCGCUAACCUCACCACCGAGGUCGUCUACAAAAGGGGCCAGGACUACAGGUUCGUGUGCUACGACCGGGGCCAAGCCUGCCACACGUACCGCGUGCGGUUCCUCUGCGGGAAGCCAGUGAGGCCCAAACUCACCGUCACCAUUGACACCAACGUGAACAGCACCAUCCUGACCCUGGCAGACGACGUGCAGUCAUGGAGGCCUGGAGACAUGCUCGUGGUGGCCAGUACUGACUAUUCCAUGUACCAGGCCGAAGAGUUCCAGGUGCUUCCCUGCAAAGCCUGCGCCCCCAACCAGGUCAAGGUGGCAGGGAAGCCGCUGUACCUGCACAUGGGGGAGGAGACGGACGGUGUGGACAUGCGGGCGGAGGUCGGGCUCCUGAGCCGGAACAUCGUGGUGAUGGGGGAGGUGGAGGGCAGCUGCUACCCCUACGCCAGCCACAUCUGCAGCUUCUUUGACUUCGACACCUUCGGGGGCCACAUCAAGUUCGCGCUGGGCUUUAAGGCGGCACACCUGGCGGGCGUGGAGCUGAAGCACAUGGGGCAGCAGCUGGUGGGGCAGUACCCCAUUCACUUCCACCUGGCGGGCGACGUGGACGCGCAGGGAGGCUACGACCCGCCCACGUACGUGCGGGAGCUGUCCAUCCACCACACGUUCUCGCGCUGCGUCACCGUGCACGGCUCCAAUGGCCUGUUGGUUUGCAAACACCGCGGGGUGUGCAUCAGGGGCCGUGCAGCUGGCUCGGACCCCUGGGUCAAGGACGUGGUGGGCUACAACUCCUUGGGCCACUGCUUCUUCACGGAGGACGGGCCGGAGGAGCGCAACACCUUUGACCACUGUCUCGGCCUCCUGGUCAAGUCAGGAACCCUCCUCCCCUCCGACCGCGACAGCAAGAUGUGCAAGAUGAUCACGGAAGACUCGUACCCGGGCUACGUCCCCAAGCCCAGGCAGGACUGCAACGCGGUGUCCACCUUCUGGAUGGCCAACCCCAACAACAACCUCAUCAACUGCGCAGCUGCGGGCUCCGAGGAAACCGGAUUUUGGUUCAUUUUCCACCACGUGCCGACAGGCCCCUCGGUGGGGAUGUACUCCCCGGGCUACUCCGAGCACAUCCCACUGGGGAAGUUCCAUAAUAACCGAGCACAUUCCAACUACCGGGCUGGCAUGAUCAUAGACAACGGGGUCAAAACGACCGAGGCCUCUGCCAAGGACAAGCGGCCCUUCCUCUCCAUCAUCUCUGCCAGGUACAGCCCUCACCAGGACGCCGACCCGCUCAAGCCCCGGGAGCCCGCCGUCAUCAAACACUUCACCGCGUACAAGAACCAGGACCACGGGGCCUGGCUGCGCGGCGGGGACGUGUGGCUGGACAGCUGCCGGUUUGCUGACAACGGCAUCGGCCUGACCCUGGCCAGCGGCGGGACCUUCCCCUACGACGACGGCUCCAAGCAGGAGAUAAAGAACAGCCUGUUUGUCGGCGAGAGCGGCAACGUGGGGACAGAGAUGAUGGACAACAGGAUCUGGGGCCCCGGUGGCCUGGACCACAGCGGGAGGACCCUCCCUAUUGGCCAGGAUUUUCCAAUCCGAGGAAUUCAGUUCUACGAUGGCCCCGUCAACAUCCAGAACUGCACUUUCCGCAAGUUUGCCGCCCUGGAGGGCCGGCACACCAGCGCCCUGGCCUUCCGGCUCAACAACGCUUGGCAGAGCUGCCCCCAUAACAACGUGACCGGCAUCGCCUUUGAGGACGUCCCGAUCACUUCCAGAGUGUUCUUCGGAGAGCCCGGGCCCUGGUUCAACCAGCUGGACAUGGAUGGGGAUAAGACGUCUGUGUUCCAUGAUGUCGACGGCUCCGUGUCCGAGUACCCAGGGUCUUACCUCACCAAGGACGACAACUGGCUGGUCCGGCACCCGGACUGCAUCAGCGUCCCGGACUGGAGAGGCGCCAUCUGCAGCGGACGCUACGCACAGAUGUACAUCCAGGCCUACAAGACCAGCAACCUGCGGAUGAAGAUCAUCAAGAACGACUUUCCCAGCCGCCCCCUCCACCUGGCGGGGGCCCUGGCCCGGAGCUCCCACUACCAGCAGUACCAGCCGGUCGUCACGCUGCAGAAGGGCUACACGGUGCACUGGGACCAGACGGCCCCCGCCGAGCUCGCCAUCUGGCUCAUCAACUUCAACAAGGGCGACUGGAUCCGAGUGGGGCUCUGCUACCCCCGCGGCACCACCUUCUCCAUCCUGUCCGAUGUGCACGACCGCCGGCGGAAGCAGACGUCCAAGACGGGCACCUUCGUGCAGACCCUCCAGAUGGACAAGGUGGAGCAGAGCUUUCCCGGCAGGAGCCAUUACUACUGGGACGAGGCCUCAGGGCUGCUGUUCCUGAAGCUGAGAGCCCAGAACGAGAGGGAGAGGUUUGCCUUCUGCUCCGUGAAAGGCUGCGAGAGAAUCAGGAUCAAGGCUCUGAUCCCUGAGGACGCGGGCAUCAGCGACUGCACAGCCACCGCCUACCCCAGGUUCACCGAGAGGGCCGUGGUGGAUGUGCCGAUGCCCAGGAAGCUGUGCGGUGCCCAGCUGAAGACAAAGGACCACUUCCUGGAGGUGAAGAUGGAGAGCUCCAGGCAGCGUUUCUUCCACCUCCUGAGCGACGUGGCUUACAUAGAAGUGGACGGGACGAGGUACCCCAGCUCUGAAGACGGCAUCCAGGUGGUGGCGAUCAACGCCAGCCAAGGCCACAUGCUGAGCCACGCGAGCUUCCGCAGCGCCAUCCUGCAGGGUGUCCCGUGGCAGCUGUCCAACCAUGUGGAGGCCCUUCCGGACAACUCCAUCGUGCUCAUGGUGUCAAAGGGGAGAUAUGCUUCCAGGGGCCCGUGGACCAGAGUGCUGGAGAAGCUCGGGGCAGAUAAGGGCCUCAGGUUGAAAGAAAAAAUGGCAUUCGUUGGCUUCAAAGGGAGUUUCCGGCCCACCUGGGUGACCCUGGACACGGAGGACCAGAAUGCCAAAAUCUUCCAGGUCGUGCCCAUCCCCGUGGUGAGGAAGAAGCGGCUGUGAGGACGGCAGCCGCCCGGCGCUGCUCCACAGAGGACUAGGGCUGUGGACUGGUGGCCGCAGACAGGGGGUGGGAGGGGACAGCUGCUCCCCCAGCCGCUGGGGAGGGUGGGGCCUCGGCCCUGACAGCGGGGGUGUCACAGACCCUGGUGCGGCCCCCACCCCCACUCGGCGUGUCCCUGCAGCCCUGGGGGCACAGCCGGCCUGCUGGAAGCUUCUCUUUCCUGCAGCCUCCUGGGUGCUUCUCCCCUAUCAGUGCCUCUUGGGGGGGGGGUUGUGGGGGCCACGCGAGGAGACCGGAGCCAAGCCAGCAGCAGCCCCGACCCAGCCACUCUCAGAUCGUAGGCUGGCAGAUACGGGACAAAAGAGACGCGGCCUUACGGACAGCUUCGUUCCCGCAAGCAGACACCAGCGUCAUGGGGUCAGGAGCCCACGGGCGGGAGACAGGGACGCGCGAGCCCUGCCGCUGGAGCUGUUCAGCCGUUCAGGGGGCCUUGGGUCCCGGGAUGGGGGGCGGACUCCGUGACUUCUAAGAGAGGCCCUUCGCGUUCUGCGACCAUGUGCACGCGCACCAAAGCCAGCGGUUGAUCCGAGGGUGGCUGGGGCGCUGGGCCCCUGGGGCAUGGGGUGGAGCAGCCGGAAGUCUGGCCUGGAGUAGGGGGCUCACCGCGGCAGGACGAAGUGCGGGGUGGGGGGUGGGGGGUCGGGUCAGGUAUACGUGCCCUCCGACACCCAGGGGAGAACACAAAGAGGGGUCAGAAGACCAGGCCAGGAUCCCGCAUGCUUGGGGGGCGGUCAGGAACAGGCGGAGGAACAGGGAACAGGGCCCCCAGGGAACAGGGCCCCCAGGGAACAGGGCCCCCAGGGAACAGGGCAGGCACCGAGCUGGGCGGAGUCAGGCCAGCAGCUGGGAGGUGCCUGCCCACCCCUGCCGAGGCUGCUGACAGCAGCUUGCUGGCCUGCAGGGGAGAGGAGGGGAGGGCCAGGCUGCUCAGCAGGGGGUGCACCUCAGGCCCCAGCCAGCCCCCCACUGGCCCCAGGGCAGGUGGAGCCAAGUCAAGGAAAGUGAGCUCCUAUUUGAGGAGCUCAUUUGUCCUUCAUCCUGAGAGCCGGGAGUGUGGUCACCUCAGGAGCCCGAGGUUCAGAGUCGGAGAGGACCUCAGGGUACACCUAGUCCAAGACCCUCCUUUCACAGGGAGGCGUGUGAGACCCUGAGACGGGGAGGGGGGCUGGGCCGAGCCCCCCCCCCCCCAGCACCUGCUGCCACACCACACUGCCUCAACCGGCCUCAGGGGUCCGGGCGCUCCUGACGGGGUCCCCGAACAGGGUCAAGUCUCCUGAAAAAAACCAUCAGAAUAGAGAGAACUGGCCGAUGGCUGUCUCCCUCUGGCCCGCCGUGCACACGGGGCCCCUACCUGCCCCCACGCUGGCCCCCCCGCUGGUGCUACCCGAGUGCAGGCCCGCAGGCGGACGCAGGGCGGGAUGCAGGGCUUUGGCUGCGCCAGCAGGGAGCUCAGAGGGUUCCGGAAGGAGGGACCUCCAUGUGUGGCUCAUGCUCUCCCGGGGGGCCCUAGGUCACCCUGGGGGCACACGGAGCUGCGUCUCUCCCUUUCCUGCACCGACCACAAACGCUUCCAGCUCCUCCUUCAAAGACGGCCUUGGUUUCCCUCUGCCCGCGAGGGACCCGAGCGGGGCCCCCUCCCCAGGCGGAGCCGGCCGCCGGGCGGCUUCCCAGCACAGGGUCCGCCAGCUGCUGGGAGGUGACGGUGGGACGCUGCAGGGGCCCUGCCCCUCUUCCACGCAGACCCUGGGCGACGGGAGGGAGGGCGGUCGGGAUGACCGCGUUUCCUUGUCUGCAGUUCUGCUGAGUUUUUCAGACUCUUGUCCGCGCAAGGGCCUCAGCUGGGAACCGCCUCGGGCAGCCGGGGCGCUGAGCGUCUCGGACCGGUUAGCUUCAGAAAGUAUCUACUUGAAAACGCUCAGGCUUGGACACGAGAUCGGCAGCUCAGGCGCUCUGUGUCCAGCGUCACUCCCGCGCCCGGCGGCGAUGGCCAGGGGCCCGGCCGGCUCGUGGCCGCACACGGCUGUCUUACUGCCCGGAAGGUCGCUCCCACGGUUCUGUCUGUCUGUCGGCGUGGAAAGGAGUUAGGCCCUUCGGGGUGAGCCACACUCCUCUGAAUGCUGGUCUCUUCCUGUUGCCGAAAUAGCUGGUCCUUUUUCGGGAACUGGAUGUUUUGUGCGUGAACACUCCAUGAACAAAGAUGUAUUUUCUAUUUAUUUACUAUUUGUGCACUUGGAAAGUCAAUGUCAAAGAAACAAGCAAUCGUCCUAAAUGUCACGUUUGAGGAUAUCCUUUGGACCCGGAACCUUCUGCUGGCGGCAGAGGACACUGGCCGUGGUUUGGAGAAUCUUGCUGCACCAGAGUAAACAUACAAAGGACCUCGCCCCCCCCCCCCCCACUUCUCAUUCUCCAUUAACGGGGGCCGCAUUUUAAGCCAGAUAUAUGAGCAAAACGGGACGGACGGAGCCACCGUGAGUCUGCGCCUCUCACUUCCCAGGACUCCCAGGUUCAGGCCCUACCUUGCCCUGCACUAAGGCGGUGCCCGUGAGAGCCGCUGCGGCCGGUCCUGUGAGUGAAGAGGUCAUCGUUCAUGGGACCGCCAUGGCCAGGUCGCGCCCCGGCCUCCACGCUCCCGCACCGUCAGUAAGCCGUCAGCCCCGUCCCCAGGGGAGACCCAGGAGGGGCCGGGGGGUCUUGGCUGGAAACACGACUGUCUCUUCCUUCUGGAGGCCAAGCAUGGUGUCUGAGGACAGCGUGGAGGUGGGGGCGGAGGGCGAGGUCCACCCCAGGCCGGGAGACGAGAGUGGUGGAGGCGGGCGCAGAGGUCCCCUCAGCCGUGCCGGGCGGGGCCCACGGGCCCUGGCAUCUGGGGAGGAGGCGGCCAGCAGAGCCCAGAACAGGGCCACCCGGGAGGGCUCUAGAACUGCGCGGCCCAGUAGGCAGCCACUAGCCACACGUGGCUGUACCUCAAUUUAAAUGAAUUAAAGUGAAAUACAGUGAAAAGUUCAGUUCCUAGGUUGUAGCGGCCACACUCCGUGCUCCUCACCCACGUGGCUGCUGGGUCCCAUCCAGGCCUAACAUGCACUCCAUCGGGGUGCCUGGUGGCUCAGGCCAUGAUCUCACGGUUCGUGGGUUCGAGCCCCGCACUGAACUCCGCGAUGACAGUGCAGAGCCUGCUUGGGAUCCUCUCCCUCCCCCUCUGCCCCUCCCCAUUUGUUCUGUCUCUUAAAAUAAGACUUACAAAAUAAAACGUUUCCGUCAUCACA